GGCCCGCCGAGCGGCCAUGGACGCCGGGCUGCCGGGCCCCCGGAGAGCCGAGGCCCCCGGGCUGCCAGCGCCGCUGACACCGCCUCGGACGAUGUGAGCCGGCGCCGCGGCCGCUGCUUCGCGGGCAGGGCGCGCGGUCCCACCGGCCCCGGCCGCCGCUCUCGUAAAUUGGGGUGCAGGCAAGCGGGCCAGGCCGCACGGGGUGCGAGGGGACUGGCCUGUCCCUGGGCGGCUAGGUUGGGGGAGGCGACCCCACACUGGGCGCCCUCCCGCUGGGAGGUGGAGGGUGGCUUUAAAUUUUUUUUUUCAAAGCGAGGGGGUUAACUGAUUUUGGCAGCUUGGUUUUGGAAGGACCUUAAAAAAAAAAAAAGCCUGUCGGGGUUCCUUUCUUCGGGGGGAGGGGGCGGUGGUCCCGACUUGGCCGGCCGCCUGUGGGAGGGGAGGCGCAGGCAGCAGCGGGGGGAUGCGAACCCGGCUCCCCCCAUCAUGAUGAAGACGGAGCCGCGGGGGGCCGGGGGUCCCCUCCGGAGCGCCUCCCCGCACCGCAGUGCCUACGAGGCGGGCAUCCAGGCGCUGAAGCCGCCCGACGCGUCCGGGCCAGAUGAAGCCCCCAAGGUGGCCCACCACAAGAAAUAUGGCUCCAACGUCCACCGCAUCAAAAGUAUGUUUCUGCAGAUGGGCACGACGGCGGGGCCGCCGGGGGAGGCGGGCGGCGCGGGCCUGGCCGAGGCCCCGCGGGCGUCCGAGCGCGGCGUGCGCCUGUCGCUGCCGCGGGCCAGCAGCCUCAACGAGAACGUGGACCACAGCGCCCUGCUCAAGCUGGGCACCAGCGUGUCGGAGCGUGUGAGCCGCUUCGACUCCAAGCCCGCGCCCUCGGCGCAGCCCGCACCGCCGCCGCACCCGCCGUCCCGGCUGCAGGAGACGCGGAAGCUGUUCGAGCGUAGCGCCCCGGCGGCCGCAGGCGGCGACAAGGAGGCCGCUGCGCGCAGGCUGCUGAGGCAGGAGCGCGCCGGCCUGCAGGACCGGAAGCUGGACGUCGUGGUCCGCUUCAACGGCAGCACUGAGGCUCUGGACAAGCUAGACGCCGAUGCCGUGUCGCCCACGGUCAGCCAACUCAGCGCCGUCUUCGAAAAGGCCGAUUCGAGGACCGGCCUCCACCGAGGACCUGGUCCCUCCAGGGCCGCCGCAGCAGGGGUGCCCCAGGUCAACUCCAAGCUGGUCAGUAAGCGGUCCCGCGUGUUUCAGCCACCCGGGCCCGCACCCACGCCCUCGCCCCAGCCGCCGCCCCCGCCAUCUGCCCCGUCGGGGGAGGCCCCGUCUGACAAGGAGCGCGGCCCCGGGGGGCAGCAGCCACCACAGCACCGCGUGGCUCCCGCCCGGCCGCCCCCCAAGCCCCGGGAGGUGCGCAAGAUCAAGCCGGUGGAAGUAGAGGAGAGCGGGGAGUCGGAGGCCGAAUCGGCACCCGGGGAUGUGAUCCAGGCCGAGGUGACGGUCCAUGCAGCUCUGGAGAAUGGCAGUAGUGUCACGGCGGCCACCACAGCCAGCUCUGCACCCGAAGAGCCCAAGGCCCCAGCUGUGCCCGAGGAUGAGGCUGCGGUGACAGUGGCAGCGCUGGAGAGGGGGGUGGUAGGCCAUGGCCCAGCCCCGGACCUGGCCCCUGCUGCCGAGGAGGCUGAGGAGUCCAGAAAGGAGGACUUCUCAGAGGCGGACUUGGUGGACGUAAGCGCCUACAGUGGGCUCGGGGAGGACUCUGCGGGCAGCGCCCUGGAGGAGGACGACGAAGACGAUGAGGAAGACGGUGAGCCUCCCUAUGAGCCCGAGUCGGGGUGCGUGGAGAUCCCGGGGCUGUCGGAGGAAGAGGACCCAGCCCCGAGCCGAAAGAUCCAUUUCAGCACUGCGCCCAUCCAAGUGUUCAGCACCUACUCCAAUGAAGACUACGAUCGGCGCAACGAGGAUGUGGACCCCAUGGCGGCUUCCGCAGAGUAUGAACUAGAGAAGCGUGUGGAGCGGCUGGAGCUAUUCCCCGUGGAGCUGGAGAAGGACUCCGAAGGCUUGGGCAUCAGCAUCAUUGGCAUGGGGGCUGGGGCUGACAUGGGCCUGGAGAAGCUGGGCAUCUUCGUCAAGACCGUGACUGAGGGUGGUGCGGCCCAUCGGGACGGCAGAAUCCAGGUCAAUGACCUCCUGGUGGAGGUGGAUGGAACCAGCCUGGUGGGCGUGACCCAGAGCUUUGCAGCCUCCGUGCUCCGCAACACCAAGGGCCGCGUUCGGUUUCUGAUUGGCCGGGAACGGCCCGGGGAGCAGAGUGAAGUGGCCCAGCUAAUCCAGCAGACCUUGGAACAGGAGCGAUGGCAGCGGGAGAUGAUGGAGCAGAGAUACGCCCAGUAUGGGGAGGAUGACGAAGAAACAGGGGAGUAUGCCACUGAUGAGGAGGAAGAGCUGAGUCCCACAUUCCCGGGCAGCGAGGUGGCCAUUGAGGUGUUCGAGCUAGCGGAGAACGAGGACGCGCUGUCCCCCGUGGACAUGGAGCCUGAGAAGCUGGUGCACAAGUUCAAGGAGCUGCAGAUCAAACACGCCGUGACUGAGGCAGAAAUCCAGCAGCUCAAGAGAAAGCUGCAGAGCCUGGAGCAGGAGAAGGGCCGCUGGCGGGCAGAGAAGGCCCAGCUGGAGCAGAGCGUGGAGGAGAACAAGGAGCGUAUGGAGAAGCUGGAGGGCUACUGGGGCGAGGCCCAGAGCCUAUGCCAGGCUGUGGACGAGCACCUGCGGGAGACCCAGGCCCAAUACCAGGCCCUGGAGCGCAAGUACAGCAAGGCCAAGCGCCUCAUCAAGGACUACCAGCAGAAGGAAAUCGAGUUCCUGAAGAAGGAGACAGCACAGCGGCGGGUACUGGAGGAGUCAGAGCUGGCAAGGAAGGAGGAAAUGGACAAGCUCCUGGACAAGAUCUCAGAACUGGAAGGCAACCUGCAGACAUUGAGGAAUUCCAAUUCUACUUAACAGGAACUAUAAGUCCUUCCCAUCAUCCUCCCUCCCCUGUCCUCAAUCGCCUACCCAACCCCCUACCAGCCUGGGGACAGGUGCCCCGACUCCCCCAGCCCCCUCCACCCCACCUCCCCCAGCUUCAGGGACCAGAGGGCCUGCAUCACAGGCCUCUUUCAGGUGGCCCCGGGCAGACAGAGGUGGCUAGAAGGGUGGCCUCCUCCGAGGCCCCAUGGGGCUGAGGCCCAGGGGCGUAGCAAGGGAUGCUGAGGGCUGGCCCGGGGAGUGGGUGGACGCAAGGACCUGCAGACCAAACUGCCAGACUUACAACCUCUAGCCUUUGUCUCUGGACUGGAAUGGGGCUGGGGGCUCUCCCAGCAUCUCGCCAACUGGAGGCUGCACCCUGCCUGUGGGGACCCUUGACUCAAGAGCCCACCUCCUUGGCCCUUCCCCAUCCCUCAUCCUCGUGCUGUCUGUUGCGUUCUGACCCUCCUGCCUUGGGGGAGCGGGCGGUGGUGGCGUGGCACCCCCCCCCCUUCCUACUACCUUCCACUUCCUGUCUCGGGAGGGGCAGAGCUCCUAGGCUGGGCCUGACCCUGCACUGAUGUCUCCUGUGCUGUGUCCUAGGGGAGGGGAGGGAGAGUCCGGGACACCUGCUUCGCAGCUCCUUCCCCCCUCCCCGCCUCGGACACCAGCCCCCCAUUGUCCUUGUGCCUCCCUUUCCCAGGUGCCAAAUAGCCAUAAUCUCCUGGAAUGGUUCUGGGGCCUCCCUGGGGUCUGGGUGUCCUGGUCAUGCCUGGGAAUGCCGGGAAGGAGAGGGGGUCAUUUUGGGGUUCUGGGCAGCAGACUUUGGUCUCAGGCCAGGGGGAGUUUUCUCACUGCCCAGGGCCAGCACCUGGAAGCCUUGCCACCAGCUCGGCCUGGCCCACCCCACCCCACACUGUGCUGUAAUGUCCCGGCCAGCCGCAGGGCAGUUUUACUAACUCCUCAUCUUUUUAGAGACCAUGGCUGCCCUGCCUGCAGCAGCCCACUUUCUAAGUAAAACCCACCCUACUUUCCCCUAUUUUAACCCCAAAUUGGGGCUUGGACCAAGGGAGGUGAGACCCCUGCUCCCAGGGCCCCUCCUCUUUCAGAAUCCAUCUCAGUUUGCCACUUUUCUCAUGUCCCUUGUCCCCAAGCCUGGGUUUCUGUUCAUUUAAAAAAAAAAAAGGAAAAAAAAUGUUUGGCUUCUUGUCCCCUGUAAAUACGCCAUGCCAUCUCUCAGUAUUUCUGGCCCCGCCUCCUCGCCCCUCCCCUUGAUGUGCCCCCAUACCCUGGAAGAGCUGGCUGUCUCGGGUGCGGGUGCCGGGCCCCCACGCCCUUCACUGUGGAGGCAAAGGAGGGGGUGGGCCGCGGGCGCCCGGCCGCCUGCGGAGGACCGCGUCUCUGUAUAUAAAUAUAUAUAUGUAUGUAUUGUUUCCGGUUUUGUACGGACCAUGCCCUCUGUCAGGUCGCCCUCAUAAAAGCAGCCCCCAGA